UUCAAUCUCUGUUUUAUUGUUGUUUUUCGUUCAAGAAUUAAGUUUCAAAGUUCAGUACAAUGUCUCAGGGAAACAAUGACGAAGUUGCUGCUUCUGAAUUUGAUGAUGGAUUUCGACCACUUUUGGUUGUUGCUAGAACCUCCUCUACCCAAUCAUUCACAGCUGUUGAAAUAAAUGAGGAAGAUGAAAGGGAAAUGAAGAAGCAGAGACUUAAGUGGAUUGUUAAACAUAAGGAUUUUAAGGCACUAUGCGAUUUUGGCGGUCUUCACGAGGCGGAGGCCACAUUUUUGCCUUCCGAGUCCCAGGGAACAGCAAAUGAUGGCUUAAUGGAACUAUUAGUUGCCUCAGCUCCUGAUCGACGCUUUUGGGAUUCUAUAUUUUUAUUUUCAAACGAGUUCUGGCACUCUUUAUGGCUGUCCCUGAACAGCUAUAGCAUAAUGCUGCUAUUAGUCGCUGCUGGUUUGACUCUUGCAAUUGAGUCAUUGGAACAAGGUAAACAUGGAUGGCAUGAUGGUUUGGGGAUACUCAUUGCAGUUUUCCUACUUAUAUUUUUCCCUUCGGUUUUCGACUUUUACCGGGGAAGAGUAGAGGAGAAGGCGCAAAAGAUUAAGAGCAAGUUGGAAGUGAUUGUGGAAAGAGGCGAUUUAAGACAUAAUGUCUCUGUUUCUGAUAUCAAGGAGGGAGACAUAAUACAUCUGAAGAAGGGUGAUCGUAUUCCUGCAGAUGGGUUGAUGAUAAGAGGCAAAUAUCUGCUCGUAGAUGAUUUUAUAAACCAAAAAAUUGACCCUAAUCAAAAUCCAUUCCUAUUUUGCGGUUCUGUGGUUGAAUAUGGUCAUGGGGUCAUGAUUGCUGUAUCUACUGGUGCUGAUAUAGCUUUUGGAAAGGCGUUGAUCGAUGCGACUUCGCAUCCUUCAGAGGAAACGUUCUUUCAAUCUCUUAUUAACAAACCAUAUGAAUUUGUAGGAAUGUUCUCUCUUAUGUUGUCUGUAACUAUUCUCAUUGUAACUCUUUCACGUCUUUUAUCUGGAAAACAUGACAAAUACUACAAUGAUAAGGUUGCAACCAAGGGGAAAGUCACAGUGGGAAUCAUAGAGAAUGUUUUAGAAGGAAUGUUUCUUAAGUUUAGGUGGGAAGUUUCUUUCUUGUUAACGGCUCUCUUGGCCAUGGUAAUAGGAAUACAACAUGGGAUACCUUUUUCAAUCUCAGUUUCCCUCUUUUGGUGGGGAGAAAAGAUUAGAAGAUCUUAUGGAGGGAGGUCUCAGAAUCUGUCAGCUUGUGGAACUUUGGGCCUUGUUUCAGUAGUUUGUAUUGACAUCACUAGUGCUGGUGGGCUAUCAUGUGACGAGAUAGAGGUUGAUGAGUUUUGGAUUGGGGAAGAAAAGAUCUAUCCUGGUAUGGAAUUUCAUCCUGAUUUUCUUGAAGUUUUUGAGCUAGCAGCCAGAGUUUUACGUUUUUAUUCCAACAUUUCUGUUGAUUUAUGGAGUAAUCUGGUCUGUUUCUGGGAUUAUUCAGGAUUGAAAAUCAAUAUACAAUCUCUUGAUCAGAAUCUUGACAUUGUUGAUCCUAAAUUUUUCAGUUCAAAAAAGAGUAUUGGAGUGUUGAUGAGAAAAAGUGGGAACUUUGAAGCAAAUCUUCAUUUGCACUUCAAUGGGGAUGCACCAACUGUUUUGAAUAUGUGUUCUCAGUACUAUGAUAUCAGUGGGAGAAUACAUGACAUGGAAAAUCAGAGAGAUUUCUUUGUGAAAGUGAUCAGUGAUAUGAAGACUAAAGGAUUAAGGCCUAUUGCCUUUGCUUGUAAACAGACAACUCACCACCAGCAUUUUGAAGGAGGGUUGAAGUUGCUGGGAUUUGUGGGUCUCAAGUACUCACUUCAAAAAAUAAAAAUGACUUUGAAAGAUCUCAAAGAUGUUGGUGUAAGGAUCAUAUUAACAUCAGAAGGUGAACUUUCUGCAGCAACAGCCAUGGCAGUUGAUUUUGGAAUUCAGUGUGGUUCCCACCAGGUGAUUGAAGGUGAGGAAUUUAGGAAAACAAUGAACAGUACUGAAAUAGAGAAAGAUGAGCUGAUAAAAUCAAUAACUCUCAUGGGGAAGGCCACUCCUGAAGACAAGCUUCUCUUACUACAAGAAUUGAAAGCUAGUGGUCAUGUUGUUGCUUUCUUAGGAGGUUGGACAACAAGUGAUGCUCCAACUUUGAGGGAAGCUGAUGUAGGGAUCACAGAUGAAAAUUGGAGCACUGAAGUAUGUCGAACAGCUUCCGAUAUCACUAUUGCGCCGACUCCAUCCUUGAACGAAAUACUGAAAUGUGGUAGAUGCAUUUACCUUAAUAUUAGAAAAUUCUACCAGAUUCAGUUUACUACCUCAGUCUCUGGGCUGCUAAUACUCUUGGUCUGCAACAUAGUUUCUGGAAAAUCUCCCAUAACUGCAAUACACCUUAUAUGGGUGACUUUUAUUAUAUGCCUUCUUGGCAGCCUGAUGAUGGUAAUGAAAUUGAAUGAUGAGGAAGUCCGAAACCGUGUUCGAGGUCGCGAUAGGAACCAAUCUCUGAUAUCUAGAUUCAUUCUGAAGAAGAUUGCGAUUCAUGUCCUAUGUCAAGCUCUUGUUUUCUUGGUGCUAGAGUAUUUAGGACAGAAGAUAAUGCCCCAAAUGGAGGAGGAUGUGAGGCAUACAAUGAUUUUUAAUACUUUCAUUCUUUGGCAGAUCUUCAAUUUGAUGGCUGCAAUGGGAUUGGUAACAAAGUGGGUAGAAGUGUUUAAGGCUAUGCUGCAAAGCCAAUGGUUUGGGAUUUCUUUGGUGGGUGUAUUGACUGUGCAAGUGAUGGUGAUUGAGUUUGCUGGAAAGAUUGUCAAUGGUGUUAAACUAAAUGCUGUUAAUUGGGGCAUUUGUUGCAUUUUUGCAUCACUGCCUUUGACAGUUGAAUGGGCCAAGAACAAAUUCUUGCCAGUACUUGCCACUUUGCUCACUGAAUUUGAGUAUGUUGAUUUCAACAUUACACUGUUGUUCUUUGCAGCUUUGAUGUUUGUAUUCUCAAUUUCAUUUGGUUUCCAUUUGUUUUUAUAGCAUUCAGAAGAAACUGUGCAGUUCAGUUUUUAGUGCAAUAUGCAUAGUUUAUGUUUUUUGAGUUGUAAGUUUCAUAUUUUCAUUCCUUUUCCCAUUUGUAAUGUACAAGAAUAAUGAUCUGUUUUAGCUUAG